UCCAACAUUGUUUUUGUUUACUUUCUUCCGUAUCUCACAGAAGCACAUCGUAAUUAAAUCGAAUUAAUUAAUAUUCAAAAUGAGUUCGAAAAUGGCCAAAGUAAAGCUGUCGAAAGGCAUUCUGGAAAUGAAAUUUAUGUCCCGAACCAGAGAAAAGAUCGAAAAGGAAAAGGAUGAUGCUGAAGGAAGGGCGCUAUAUUCCAAUGAAAUCACCGAUAAAAUGUUACACGGUUCCUCCAAAUUCAUCAUCGAGACAAGCUACGUUCCGUGCGAGGACCUAAUCGAAGGACGCGUGAGCUACGGUGGAAUGAAUCCUGAAAUCGAACGCAUUAUUGAGUUGGAAAGGAAUAAGGAUCUUGCCGCACUAGUAGAGAAAGAGCGUGCUGAGGCAGCCAAACGACAGAAAAUGCGCCUAGACGUACCCGACGAAGAAAUGGCUGAAUUCUAUACCAGUGUUGUGAAAACGGUCAAAAGGAAGUUUGAUAAACGGCAAAGCGUUCUGCCUUUGAAUAUUAAGCGAAUGGAACGUCCAAAAGAUGAAUAGAUAAACGUAAUGUCCAGCAAUAAAAAAAUCUUUUUUUAAGUUAAUACA